GCCGCCAGAAUUUUCCUUCUCUUUUUUCUCGAGGAAACCAAAAGGGGACUUUUCUCGGCAGAAUUUUCCAUCAUUUUCUCGAGAAAAGCAAAAGGGAGUACCGAUGGCCACUAGGCUCGCCGCCCUCCGUCUCAGAUCCCAUCUCCUCCGCAACUGCUCAACUCUCUCCACCCUCAGAUCUCCACCGUCGAUCUCUCACCCCGCGCCCCCUCCCAUCUCUACUACUCACCAUUACAUCAUGUCUCCAACCCUCCGUUUCCUCUACACUUCCACCCGGCGGAUCCCGACCCGACCCAAAAAAGUCGACAUCGGGGCCCGAGCUCGCCAGCUCCAGACCCGCCGCCUCUGGACCUACGCAUUAACCUUCAGUUGCGUCGCGGGUUUUGUAGUUUUAGUCCUCAACAAUUUUCAAGACCAAUUAGUCUUUUACGUUACCCCAACCGACGCCCUCGAGAAAUACACGAAAAACCCAUCGAAAACGAAGUUCAGGCUCGGUGGUCUGGUUCUCGAAGGAAGCGUGGUUCAACCCAGUUCUUCUAAAGAAAUGGAGUUCGUCAUUACCGAUUUGAUAACUGAUAUUCUGGUUAGGUACGAAGGUUCACUACCCGAUUUGUUUAGAGAAGGACAUUCCGUUGUGGUUGAAGGAUUCGUUAAGCCGUUCACGGAAGAGAUUAAAAGGGACGUUUCGACAAGGGGCGUUUCUUCGAAAGCAAGGAGCGGUGAUUGUUACUUUUCGGCGACUGAAGUUCUUGCUAAGCAUGAUGAGAAGUAUAUGCCUCAAGAGGUUGCUGCUGCAAUUGAGAAGAACAAGAAGAUGAUUGAGGAUGGGCUGGAAGGAGCUAAGGAAUCUGUAGUUUGAUUGGUAUGAUUGUUUUUUUUUUCUUAUAGUGGAAUUUAAAUUAUUUGAGGACUAUUCAAUUUGGGUAGUUAAACUUAUAAGUUGGGAUUGAAUAGAUAGAUGAGAUAAUUACAUUUUUGAUGGAACUAUAACAGGAUAGUGAUUAUGAGGAUGAGGAAGAGGAUGAAAUUGAAUCAUUUGAGCCUUUUUUUUUUUACCCCUUUUAAUUAUGUUGUUGUACUGCCACCAAUGGUGAUUGGUACUUUGUUUUUCUUUGUCAUUCUUAGCUUGAAUAAUACAUCCUCACAAUUUACAUUA